UUGUGAAAUCCCUCCAAACCUGGAGAACUGGCCUGCAGGAGGAACAUCAUGGUUUCAAUAUGACCACAACAGUCAUUUGAGUAUUGCAAACACCAGCGCAGGUCAGCAUGGACUCUCCAGUGAAGGCUCAGAAGGCAAGGGUAGCUCCUGAUGGUGGCUACGCCUGGUUCAUCCUGUUCUCCUGCUUCCUGGUCUUUGGCCUGACUUUUGGGGUAAUUAAAGCCUUUGGUGUAUUCUAUGUUGAGAUACACCAGUACUUCAAAACCACAGCAACAGGAACAUCUUGGAUUACCUCUAUUGCGGUGGCUACCAUUCACAUUGUGGCUCCUGUAGCAUCUGUUCUGAGUGCUCGGUACAGCCAUCGCUCAGUAGUGAUAAUCGGAGGACUGAUGUGCAGCUUAGGAGUUGUGUUUGGGACGUUUGCUCGUAACCUGACUGAACUCUUCUUAACAGUGGGGUUCCUAAAUGGUUUCGGCUAUGCAUUGACAUGGACCCCCACUGUGACCAUGCUGGGCUUGUACUUUGAACAGAGGCGUCCAUUGGCAAACGCUUUGGCCAGUGCUGGAGAGUGCAUCCUUACCUUUGUCCUCACACCCCUGUUCCAGCUGUUGAUUGACAGCUACUCCUGGAGGGGUGCUUUGCUAAUCCUGGGGGGUCUACAGCUUAACCUGUGUGUAUGCGGGAUGUUACUGAGGCCCCUAACAGCCACCAGAGAUGUGACUUGUGAGAUCAAAGCAGAAGAAGAAGGCUUGUCCCUGGAAUUGCUACCAAAAAAAGAAUUUGAGCAGAGCAAACCAAGCUGCCUAGAAGCGGAGGAGCUGAGAAUAUCUAAGGGGGCUGAUCAAGGGACAAUGAAGCCAUGUCCUGUGGACCCUGAAGCGAUACCUGAUUUGACCAUGAAAUUGCAAGACUCAAACAAAAGGAAUAAGAGGUCUGAACUAAGGACCAAAAUCCUUCGCUACGUAGAUUACACCCUUAUCACCAAUGCUCGAUUCAUGGUCUACUCAAUGUUUGGGGUGUUUGCAGCACUGGGUUUCUUUGCUCCCGCUCUGUUCCUGGUUCCAUACGCUCGUAGUAAGGGAAUUGAGGAGUACCAGGCAGCUGCACUCAUGUCCAUCUCUGCAGUGUUGGACCUGUUUGGAAGGGUGUUCUUUGGCUGGGUGGCAAAUUUGAGACUGGUGGUGACAGUGAAGCAGCUGACAGCUACAGUAAUUCUGCUGGGUACUGUGCUAAUCCUCUGCCCACUGACCUCCUCGUUCUCAGAGCUGGCUGCAUUCAGCGCAGCUUACGGCCUGGUGUUUGGUGCCACAGUCGCCAUCCACAUCACCGUGUUGGCUGAGAUUGUGGGCGUCAACAGGCUUGGAAGUGCGCUGGGGUUCUUCAUGCUCAUACGCAGUAGCGGAGGCCUGCUUGGACCGCCCAUUGCUGGAUUCUUAAUAGACAAGAUGAGUGAUUAUGGAACGGGCUUCCUCAUGGCAGGAGUGGCUCUCAUCGUCUCUGCUCUGUUCCUGCUCCUCCUCCAUCAGAUGAACCGUCAGAGUCAGAGGUCAACCACCCUAAACCACGAUAUGCAUACAGACAAAAUUGGACAAAGCGUCAAAGCUGAAGCCAAAGAGCUGGACAUGACAUGAACGAAGGAAAAAUAGUCUCUGUUGCUGAUAAGACAAUGACAUCUGGAUCUUAAGAUCAAAGUAAAAAAAAAGACUGAAUAAGUGUUUUUUUCUAAUGGAGAAAUAAGACAGUGGAAGUCAGACGUCUAAAAGAUAUUAAAGGAAGCAAAUGUUGCGGAACAGGCAGAAGUCACACCUCAAGUGUUUUUACAAACCUAAGGAACUGUACAAAAACGAAUGGUGGGGGAGGCAAGGUUUUUUCCUUCUGUUGAACAUUACUAAUAUGAUCAGUUCUGCAGGCGUCCCAAAGUCCCAUGUUCAUGAAACAAGAGCUUACUGGUAUUACAGCAGUUAGUUUGCUCUUGUUUCAAAAAUAGAGAGUGGCUGGAAUAGUAGCUAAAUGUGAUGCAAAUUACUAAUUUAAUUUCUAAUGUGCGUAUUGGCUGCCCACACUGAAACAAAAUGUUUAUUAAGAUAUUAAAUGGAUACUUCAUCUCCUUUACGCUUUUCCUCCUAGUUAUGUAUUGAUAAGGAUUUUUACUGUUUUAUUAUUUACGAUAAUGAUGUUUGUUUUUCUCCAUUGUCAAGGGCCAAAGGUUCAGCCCUGCUUCCUACCCCAUUCAUUUUUGGACGGUCCCUAAAGUUUCCAUAUUGAACUUACUUGAACUAAACUAUAGGAACAUACUGUCACUUUCCUACUUCAGAUGCUGUAUGUCUUAAUGUCACACUAUUUUUUUAUGUUUUAGUCCUUUAUUGCAGUGGUGUCAUUUAUGGAUAAAUGCUGGGUUGCAAAGUGAAAAUGUGAUUAUGGCUCCCUCCAGUGAGAAGCUACUGAUAUUGUAAUUGCAAUCUUAACAACUGCAGAACUGAGCUGAAAUGUGCAGGUAUAUCCAGACAUUAUACCAGAGGGAAGAUUCGGGAAUUUACAGAUGCAGACCAAACAACCAAAUUACAGAAUGUAGCAUCUGUUCUUGAUUCAGUAUUCAAAUUGAAUGCAGUAUCCUUUGCAGCUGCAAGUAGAAUAUGCAUGCUGUCAUUAACCUACAAGCAAAUAAACAACAAAAAAAAACAAUUGGACGUGUUAAAUUACACUGCUGAAACAACAAAACAAAUGGUUCCAUGAAUUUUAGUUAGAAAAGCUUUUCUUCAUUUCUUUCCUUUGCUGCAGAAUGUUUGGAAUGUGCAGCCAUCAAGAAAACCAGCUUUAAUAACCCCAAACCAACAAGAGGCACCAGAUAAACAUCUUCAACCUGGUGUAAUGCA